CCAUUCCUCCGCUGUAACCCCAGCAAAAACCCUACCACCUGGCCGCGCCGCCGCCGCUGGCCAUGGCCGCCGCGGCGGGGGCAGGGGGCGGCUCCCGCCGGGCGUGGCGCGUGAUCCCGCGGCCCGUCCUCGAGACGGUCCUCCACAACCACGCUCUCCGCCCGCGCGUGCCGCAGCCGCUCAUCCUCCACGGGCCCCGCGGCGUCGGCAAGUCGACCCUCCUCCUCCGCCGCCUCCUCCCGCGGUGGUCCGAGCCCCCGCACGCCGCCGCCUUCGUCGACUUCCUCUGCCCCUCUCCCGCCCCGUGGUCGCUCCUCGCCGAGGACCCCACGCCGCCCCCCUCGCUCCCCGACCUCCGCCUCCGGCUCGAGUCCGCGCUCGAGGGCCUCGCCCGCGCUGCCGUGCUCCGCGGCGCCGUCGGUUCCAAGGACGUGCUUGCCGCGCUCUCCCGCUCCCACGGCAUCCACACCGCGCUGGCACGCCUCGCGGGCACGGCUGCCCCGGCCCGGCGCGGCGGCGGAAGUAACCCCGUGCCGGCGCUGUGGGCGAGGGCCGUCCUCGCCGCGUCCUCCUCAGCCCGUGGGGAGGACACGCCAUUCUGCAUUGGUGAGGAGGAGGUGACCAGCUGCUCCAUGGAGGAGAGGGCGUACAUGCAGGAGGCAAUGGCGGCGCUGCGUGUGGCCAAGGAGGUGCUCGGGAUGCAGGAGGGGUGGCGUAAGGAGGCUGUGCUGGAGAUGAACAGGACUAGGCGGUUGUCGAGGCCACUGGCCAAUUCCGCAACCGACUGGCCAUGCUUGUUGUUGGAUGUGCUGUCAGGUGCGGCAGAGAUCGAUUUCUUUCAGCCAAAGCUGGUGCUGAACAAUGUGGAUGUUCUGAGGAAGGCGACUUGCAAGGAUGACACGAUGGUACCUGCGGAAAUGUAUCAUGAUAGCUUGAUUUGGAGGGUGAUCGCACUUGGUGCCAAUGAACAAUGCUUGCCAGUCAUUAUCUCAACCUCGGAUGGGUACUAUUCUUCACAGGCAUUUGUUGAUUUUGGUUUUCCUAAUAUAUUUAUUUCUCGUGAGACAUUUGGUUGGACACCACAGGAAGCAAAGUUGCAUAUGGUCCCUGAAUUCUUCAGUGAGAAUGAGUGGAAAGUUGUGGAUGAGGUUCUUGGGCCAAACCCACGGCAAUUGUCUGAGAUUUAUAUGUUGAAGCAGAAUGCAGACAACCUGGGGGUUUUGCAUGAUCAAAAUAUCGAGGAAAUUAUUGACACAUACCUGGCACACUUGCAAGUUUCUGUUGUGAAUCCUGCAAUGGAGACAGCAUUAGGAAUGAUACAGAAGUUUGCAUCUGAUGUCCGUGAUGGAAAAGUACCAGAAAAUAGAUUGUCUUUUGGUGCACCAUGGAGACAUCCACCUCAAGGGGAUAACCCUGAUGUGUCCUAUAAGUGGGCAAAGAUUCAACUAAUGGAUUUCGUGCAAUCUUUUGUAAACACUGAAUUCGGGGUAAAUUAUUUAGCAGAUGACAGCCUGGAAAUAUUCGAUGAUCCUGCUGCAGUUGCCAUGUCGGAGGUUGGUCUACUUUAUCAACAAAGAGAUCCAUCCUUCAUGCGGCCAAUCACUCGUGGAAUUCAGCGUUGCCUUGCUAGAUGGCUUGUUCAGCAGAGGUUACAAUUGAGCUUUCAAGAAUCAAUAGCAUUCUUAUGGCAAAGGGUGAUGCGAGGGCGAAGCUAUCGACACUUGAUGAAAGAAGUUGGCUACAAGUAAAGAGAUUCCAAUGGAUAAGGAGCCCUUUAUCAAUUUUGACAUGGAAGUAUGCAACUAACAUGAUUUUUACGGACUGACUUUUUCAUCCUAUGAAUGUGGAAGCAGGAGAUCCAGCAGCAGGCGUCCCAAGGGUCUGGAUCCACAUGACUUCGUGGUUGAGAUCUUGUGUUUUUUCCCCUUUUCCCAUAUUCAUUCUGUAUCAAAGAUCUUACGUUGAAUGUUUGUUGCUAUUGUUGCAUGACCAUCAAGAUAGGAAAAAUGAGGAAGUUUUGUAUGUCUUAACCCAAUACCCAAAUGGCUUUUACAUGUGAAAAAAUUCCAUUGUAUUCUUGGUGCUCACAGAAGUACUGGUGAAAAUAAAAUAUGAUGUUCCCUAUUUC